ACUGUCAUAAUAUGGCAACUGUCGUGCGCCGGUAAACAACACGUCAGAUUUUGUUGUUUUUUUCUGCAGAAAAUUACAUUCGCAGAAUAAUUUAUUCAAAGGAAGCAGUUGUAUAGAUACAAUUAAUUGAAUUAUUAGAAAUCGCUCAAGCAAGUCGUUGCUAUGCUGUUGCGGCAAGUAAUAGUAAUAUUUUCAUUGCUUGUGUGCUUGGUGCAUGCAGGAUCUGAGGAAAACGAGGGUGUGCGCUUCGCUAAUCGCUGUGAAGCUUGCAAGAUAUUAGCCACCGAACUGCAGGAGCGCCUCAAGGAAACGGGCAAAUCACACGAUGUCAUCGAAAUGGGCUACUCGCUUGACGAUGUGAAGCCAAAGAAGCGCACCGCGUAUCGUCGCAGCGAAUUGCGUCUGCUCGAGUCACUGGAAAAUGUUUGCGAACGUGUUUUAGAAUACAAUUUACACAAGGAGCGCAAAGAUAGCACACGCUUUGCCAAAGGCAUGUCACAAACCUUCAAAGCGUUGCAUGGACUCGUCGACAAAGGUGUGAAAGUCGAUUUGGGCAUACCAUAUGAAUUGUGGGAUAAGCCGCCCGUGGAAGUGACACAAAUGAAGACGCAAUGUGAAAAUCUGCUUGAGAACUAUGAGGAAGUAAUCACCGAUUGGUAUUUCAAGCAUCAAGACGAUAAAACACUGAUAGCACAUCUUUGUGAGGACGCAGUGUUGGCACAAGAUGACCGUAAGUGUUUGCAGGAGACAUUGCCGCCUGCGGGAAGCGAAGAUGAUACCGACGACGACGACGAUGAUGAUAUUGAUGUUACAGCUCAAGCAACUAAACAGCCAAAUAAGCAACAAAGGUCGAAGCAGAAAGGCGAUGCAGGCAAAUAUGAUGCAAACAAAGAGCUUUGAUUCAUUAGCGUAAAAUAAGUGUGCAACCUUGUAUGUGUGUAUGUAGAAAUGCAAGUUGCAAUUACGAACAAAAAUUCACAUUUACUUUUAAGUAGAACCUAAGAUUCCUAAAGCAUUUACGAUUUGUAUUACACAAUUUUUAAAAUAUACAUAAUUAAAUUUAAAAAAUAAUGUUAGUAACGGA